AUGACCCCACUGAGAGAAAGAGAUGGUACCUCUGCAGAGAACUUCCGCAAACACAAAACGGAUAACGCCUGUCAACAAAGUUACCACCUCAGUCACGUUUUCCUGGACACUUAUGAGUUACACAUGCUACAGGAUGUUUCACGGGCUAUAGAAUUGAUAGAGAAACUAGAAGCAUCAGGAGAAGUUCCCGUACAUAAGUUACAGUCACUAAAAAAAGUGCUGGAAAGUGAAUUCUGCACAGCAAUACGAGAGGUUUACCAGUAUAUGCAUGAAACCAUUCCUGUAAAUGGCUGUCCAGAAUUCCGUGCCCGUGCUACAGCAAAGGCAACAGUUGCUGCAUUUGCCGCCAGUGAAGGUCAUUCUCAUCCUCGAGUAGUGGAAUUGCCCAAGACUGACGAGGGACUUGGAUUUAAUGUUAUGGGAGGGAAAGAGCAGAAUUCCCCCAUUUAUAUUUCUCGCAUCAUUCCAGGAGGGGUGGCAGAAAGACAUGGUGGACUCAAACGUGGAGACCAGUUACUUUCUGUUAAUGGGGUGAGUGUAGAAGGAGAGCAUCAUGAAAAGGCAGUGGAGCUUUUAAAGGCUGCUAUAGACAGUGUGAAGCUAGUGGUGAGAUACACACCAAAAGUACUGGAUGAAAUGGAGGCUCGGUUUGAGAAGCUCAGGACGGCCAGACGUAGACAACAACAGCAACUACUACUUCAACAGCAGCAGCAACAACAGCAGCAGCAGCAGCAACAGACCCAGCAAAAUCAUAUGUCGUAG